AGCUAGAGCAGCAGCAACCCCAGCAGCAGCAAUCCCAGCAGCAGCUGCAAUCCGGAAUUCCGCAACGGACCAGUCAGAGCGGCUCAGCGCAGGAGCCGCGGCUGCAGUGGCUGAACCAGCUGAUGCUGCACUGCAAGGCGUCCGUCACCGAGGUGGGCACCGAGCAGCCGGAGGAUGGUCGCCCCGCUGAGGGCCCCCACGCAGCAGCUGGUACAGCCACGAGGGGUACGACUAAUCCUGCUGCUGCAGCAGGAGGUGGUGGGGCGGCGGCGGGCGGUGACCCACGGGUCGGCGCCACGGCUGUGGUUCACCGGGUUGGGGGGGCCGUAGGAGGCCUGGGCAGCCCCCGUGGCAAGCGGUACGAGUCAGCUGAGGAGGAGGAGUACGUGCGGCGGCUGGUUCGCUUCCUGCGCACACGCACGGGGGAGUUUCCGCUGUCGGACCUGAUCAGGUUGGAUCUGGGCAUUCCCCAGAACGUGCUGCGGGGCCGCGCCCCCAGUGCCUGGGCCAAGCGGCACCUGGACCUGUGGAGCAUCAACAUGGGCAAACCGGUGACCCUGCUGCUGAG